AUGAUUACUAACGUAGGCUUCAUGUUCGACCAGGCAAUUAUUCCUCAUCUGGGAAAAUAUUACGACUUACCGUACUCCUUCACGUCUCUGAUCUUCCUUGCGCCUUUCAUAGGCCACACGCUCUCAGCCAUCUUGAACAACAGUCUACAUGAGAGCGUUGGACAAAGAGGCAUCGCAAUUAUCUGCUCUUUCUGUCACCUAGCAUCGUACAUUGCCAUCUCACUACAUCCACCGUAUCCAGCAUUAGUUUUUAUCUACAUGUUGGCUGGCUUGGGCAAUGGCAUCGGAGAUGCCGCUUGGAACUCUUGGGUCGGGAGUCUGGCGGACUCUAGCCAUGUCAUCAGUCUGAUGCAUGCUUGUUAUGGUGUCGGCGCUGUCCUCAGUCCAAUGACGGCAACUGUAAUUAUAAGCAAGGCUCAGCUUCAGUGGCACACGUUUUACUACUUCAUGGUGAGAGUCAAGUUUCCACAACGAACGUCUUUCAAGGUUUUGCUAACAGAGUCAUUCCGCAACAAGGCUGGUCUGGCUAUGGUGGAGCUCGUUCUGACUCCCUCUGCCUUCUGGUCCGCUACUGGGGUUGCAUACUGUGAAGAGAAUCCCAAGGGUCCAGAGCCGCGAGAGUCAAUCGUCCACGAGACAUUGUUCAAACUCCCUUCGGCCCGGGUUACUUGGCUAUGCGCAAUAUUCGCCCUUGGCUAUGUCGGACUGGAGGUGUCUCUUGGCGGUUGGAUCGUCACAUUCAUGUUGCAGGUUCGCCACGGAGAAGAAUUUGCCAGCGGUAUGACAGCCACUGGUUUCUGGGCUGGGCUGGCUCUGGGUCGAGUUGCUUUAGGUCUUGUGACCCCUCGAGUGGGCGAGAAGCUCGCAGUCAUGCUAUACCUCGGCGCUGCCGUUUGUUUGCAGCUUUUGUUCUGGCUUAUUCCCGAAUUCUUUGUUUCCGCGAUCACCGUAUCGCUCCAGGGGUUCUUCCUCGGACCCCUCUUCCCCACCAUGAUGAUAGCCAUCACAAAGCUACUACCGAGGCACUUACACGUCAGUGCUAUCGGUUUCGCCAUCGGUCUUGGAGGUAGUGGCGCUGCUAUCCUGCCAUUUGUAAUCGGAGCUCAGGCUCAGCGCCACGGUGUGCAAGUCUUAUCGCCGAUACUGCUCGGGGCGCUGGCAUUCUUGUUGUUCACCUGGUCCUUCUUACCCAACUUUGGUCGCAAACAUGAGUGA